AUGUCCACCACAACGCCUCUUCCAUUAGGAGACUUUUCCAAGAUUCCUGCGAUUCCUGGUGUUUCGCCAAUGACGGAAGCUCAGCAAAAAGAGUCAUUUUGGUCUUCCAACCCCAUUUUCAGCUAUUUGAAUAACGUCUACAAUAACAUCCAUGCGCACAGACAAUCACUGGCAUUGACAAAUCCCGGCACAAUCGAAAACUUGAAUAAAGAGGUCUCUAGGGAUGUGCUAGUUAACCAAUACUUCUUCACUGGCUUGAGAGCGGAUCUCAACAAGGCCUUCUGCAUGAACCCGGCGUUCCAGACGUCGCAUACACUCUCCUUGGGAUCUGCCAACUUGCCUAGCUACGCAUUUUCCGCGCUUUUCGCUAACGACAACAUGUUUAUCCAAGGUAACGUUGACAACGAACUCAGUGUCUCUGGUAGACUCAACUACGGCUGGGACAAGCACAACAUUAGUAAGGCCACGUUGCAAUUCUCCCAAGGCCAACCAAGCAUGUGCCAGUUAGAACAGGACUUCCAGGGCUCGGACUUCUCUUUGAAUUUGAAAGCUUUGAAUCCUUCCAUCACUUCCAAAGGCGUUUUCUCUGGAGUUGCUGUCGGUUCUAUCCUACAAAGUAUCACCCCCCAAUUUGCUCUGGGUUUAGAAACCAUCUUCAGCAGAGGUCAGGCCGCCAUGCCCGCCGAUGCUGCGGUCUCCUACGUGACUCGUUACAUUUCUCCAAAGCAAGACUGGAUCUUCUCCGGUCAAUUGCAAGCCAAUGGUGCUUUGGUGGCUUCCUUCUGGCGCAAGGUUGCCGAAAAUGUCGAAGCUGGUCUCGAAACCAGCUUGCAAGCUGGCAUGGCGCCAAUCGCUGAUCCCGUCAUUGGUACCCCUAUUGGCAUUCAACCAAUUAUCGAAGGUACCACCACUUUGGGUUGCAAGUACGAAUACAGACAGUCUGUUUUCCGCGGUUCCUUGGACUCCACUGGUAAAGUAAGUUGUUUCUUGGAAAGAAAAAUUCUGCCAACUCUGUCCAUUCUCUUCUGUGGUGAAAUUGAUCACUUCAAGCAGGAAAGCAAGCUUGGAUGCGGUCUUCAAUUUGAAACUGCUGGUAGUGAAGAACUUUUGAUGUUGCAACAAGGUUUAGAUCCAAACGGCAACCCAUUGCAGGCUCCGGUACAAGUUUAA